AUGACGGCCGUGAGGCAAAGCCGUGAGGCAGAGUUGCCGGAGGACGUGGUCGAGGAGAUCCUCCUCCGCCUUCCUGCCAAGUCCGUCGGUCGGUUCCUAGCCGUCUGCAAGUCGUGGCAUGGGCUACUGUCCGGCCAUGCCUUCCACCGUUCCCACCACGGCCGUGCCCCAUUGGCCGUCCUCCUCCGGCGGCGCGCUCAAGCCCACGGCAGCGACUGGGACUACGCGAUCUACACACUCCCCUUGGGCCAACCAGCGGCGAAGCCGCUCCACCUUGGCGAAGGCCAGCAGCUCGUGGUCCUCCAUGGCUGCUGCCACGGCUUACUCCUCCUAUCGGGAAGCGAUCAUCGCCCCAACUCCACCAACACCAAGUACUUGGCGUACAACCCCACGACCGGGCAACACGCCCCGGUGCCCGGCGGCCUCGACUAUGGCCACCGCGUCGCCGGGUUCUACUUCCACGCGCCCACGGCCGAGCACCGCGUCCUCUUCUACACGAGGUACCGGACAGAACGUGUGCCAAGGCCACCGCCACGGCAACUGGAGACGGUGACCCGGAAACACUAUACCUACAGCGUGGCGGCGGCGGGGCGGCCGGGGGUCAGGACGCUCCCCGCCACCUCGUACGGAGGCUACACCAGGUGGAAGCUCAACGACGCGCCGGUGAUGCUCCGCGGCUGCCUGCACUGGACGAGACGGUUCCCGCGGGUGAUCGUGUUCCACACAGAGUCGGAGAAGUUCCACGGCAUGCGUGGCCCACCGGAGGAUGGCCGCGUGAUCGGCCGCCUGGUCGGCAUGGAUCGGACGUUGGGCGCGUCGGCGUUCGCGGAAGGCGGCCGGACGGUCAGGGUGUGGGUGCUCCAGGGCUACACGGAGGAGACCUGGGCUGUCAGGCACACGGUGGACGUUGGCUUCAUGGGCGGUGGCUUGGACUUCAAGUGGCUGGGCAUUGCCCACGUGACCCAAGAGGGCGACGCCUUGUUCUACGGGGCGCGGCGGUACGACGUGUAUAACCUCACCGGUCGAAAAGUGGUGAGCGCCGGCAAGGGGAUCGCUGAUCGUCUGACCGCAACGUGGCACGUCUACCGGGAGGGCCUCUUUUCUCCCACCCCGCCCAAAGGCAGCUAG